AUGAAGUUGUGGCACUUGGUAGCCUAAACUAACCAAUUUGUUAACUUUUACAGCUCAAAACGAAAAUUUCAGAUUGUUCGUGACGGCGGGGAGUUCGUGAUCCCUGCCAACUUCAAGUGCACCGGAGCCAAGACUGUCUUCACAAAGGUGGGCAGCAUAGGAGAUGACCUGCAAAUACAGUCCAUGUGACGAAUGGAAUUGAGGUGUUGGCAAUGGAAACGGAUACGAUUAUGACGGCGUUGGACUUUCACAAUCUAAGUUCGAACAAAUUUAUGGGGACCACAGUGCGCAUGAUAAUUUCCGUCCCUGUUCUCUUCGUGCACCGCCCGAGUGGUCUCCGGGCCUCCCAACAACGUCUCCCAGGUACUGCUCUACCCGAAGAAAGCGGAUCAUCUGAUGCCGUACAACCUCAAAUACUUUUCUGUGAGUUCCAACCUCCAUUUUUUCCGAUUCUCUCCGCCCGCCAGUCGACGAAUGCGACGAAGAUGUCACCACAUGAUCACUUUCGCAGAAGCGUUUCUCGCUCGCUGCUCGCUCUUUUGCGAAUAA